CUAGAAGAUUCAAUAGUUGUACGUGGCUUGGACACUGUCGCACCAUCUGUGUUGAUCCAAGAACGUGAAACAGUGAGCUCGAAUAAUGGCAUGUUCACUCUGGGAUUCUUCAGGCCUCGGAAUUCCACAAAUUGCUACCUAGGAAUUUGGUUCAUGUCUGAAUCCUCUGUUGUUUGGGUGGCUAACAAAAACGACCCACUGACAGAUCCUUCAGGGAUUCUCACAAUAUCAGGGAAUGGCAAUCUUGUUGUUUUGAAUGGGCAAAAACAGGUUGUUUGGUCAACCAAUGUCUCAAUGGCAUCAAAUUCUAGUGCCCAACUCUUAGAUUCUGGCAACCUUGUACUCAUUGAUAGAACGACUGGCGCAUUCCUGUGGCAGAGUUUCCAGCAUCCUGAUAAUACAUUAUUACAAAACAUGAAAUUCAGUACUAAUAUGCAACUUACAUCAUGGAAAAGUACAUCAGAUCCAUCCUAUGGAGGAUUUUCUUGCGGCCUUAAACCUCUUAAUGCUACUGAAGUGUUUGUAUGGAAAGAAAAUCAUCCUUACUGGCGUAGUGGUCCCUGGAAUGGCACACACUUUCUUGGGGUACCCCAGAGUUCAUCUAUGUCCCUAAAUGAGUUUCAGAUGCAAGGAGAGCUGGGAGGGAGUUUUGACCUAUAUUUUCAUUACACAGACAAGUCUGCAUUGCUAACUCUAAAGUUAGGUCACAAAGGUAAACUCAAAAAACAACGUUGGAAUUCUCACACGAAUUUAUGGGAUCGUGAGUGGGUAAGUGAGAAUUCUGUGUGUGAUAUUUAUGGCAAAUGUGGCCCAUUUGGGAUCUGCAAUUCUCUAAGCUCACCAAUUUGCAGCUGCUUGAGAGGGUUUGAACCAAAUAACGAAGAAGAAUGGGGAAGGCAAAAUUGGACCAGUGGGUGCGUGAGAAGAGAAGCACUUCAGCAAGAGAGGGACAAAAAUUUUUCUCAAGCCAGCAAGCCAGAUGGGUUCUUGAAGCUGGAGAGGGUAAAGCUACCAGAUCAUGCAGAAGCGUCACCUUCUAACUUUGCCAAGGAUUCUGCAGAUUGCCAAACUCGAUGCCUGAAGAAUAGCUCUUGUAUAGCUUAUGCCUAUGAUAAAAGCCUUGGCUGUAUGGUAUGGAAUGCAGAUUUACUUGACAUACAAAGUUUCUCAGUUGGAGGAGUUGAUCUUUUCAUACGUUUGGCCUACUCAGAACUAGAUAAGGCCAGGAGGAACAUGGUAACACCUAUUAUAAUACCAACUCUGAUAGGAACAAUUUUUAUCAUGGCCUUGGGAUAUUUCUUAUGGAAGAUGAGGUCAAAGCAAAAAGGGAAAACGCAGAUGCAGAUUCAUGACAAAAGAAGGAUUUCAAACUUGAAGCAAGCUCAUAAUCAAGAGCUAUCAUUUUUUUAUUUUAGAAAGUUGGCAAUUGCAACAAACAACUUUGACUUGGCAAAUAAACUUGGGCAGGGCGGUUUUGGUCCUGUUUACAAGGGAAAGUUUGAAGACGGACAAGAAAUAGCAGUAAAAAGAUUAUCAAGAUCAUCUAGGCAGGGCAUUGAAGAGUUUAUUAAUGAAGUGGAGUUGAUUUCCAAUCUUCAACACCGAAAUCUUGUUAGACUACUUGGUUGUUGCAUUGAAGAAGAUGAAGAGAUAUUAGUUUAUGAAUACAUGACAAACAAAAGCUUGGAUGCAUAUAUCUUUGAUCCGCUGCAACAAAAGUACUUAGAUUGGAGAAGGCGCUUCAACAUCAUUGAAGGAAUAGCUAGAGGAUUACUUUAUCUUCAUAGAGAUUCCAGAUUAAGAAUUAUACAUAGGGAUUUGAAGGCAAGUAACAUACUGUUGGAUGAAGAGAUGAAUCCAAAGAUAUCAGAUUUUGGGAUGGCAAAACUUUUUGGAGGUGGUCAAAAUCAAGCAAAUACAGAAAGAAUUGUUGGAACAUAUGGAUAUAUUUCCCCAGAAUAUGCAACUGAGGGACUCUAUUCAGAGAAAUCUGAUGUUUUUAGUUUUGGUGUUUUGCUACUAGAGAUUAUUAGUGGAAGGAAAAACACUAGCUUUUAUGAAGAUGCAGAAUCUUUGACACUUUUAGGAUUUGCAUGGAAAUUAUGGAUCAAUGCCAAUGUUAUACCGCUGAUAGAUCCACGAAUAUAUGAUCCAAUCUUUCAUGAAGAUAUAUUGAAGUGCACACAUAUAGGUCUUUUAUGUGUACAAGAACUUGCAAAGGAUAGGCCUAUUAUGGCCUCGGUAAUGUCAAUGCUUCAAAGUGAGAUUGUAGAUCUUCCUCCCCCAAGCCAACCCGCAUUCAUCCUUAGGCAGACUAUGUCUCAUGCAACAGAACAAAGUCCAAGAAGUAAUGAAUUAUGUUCCAUCAAUAAAGUAACUAUCUCUAAUUUUGAGGGGAGAUAGAAAUAUAUUGCCAAAAAUAUAUUGUUCCUUUUUCUUGUAGUUGUACCUAAUUUGGUCCAUCUUGCUGGUGAGAAUUGGGCAUUCCCAUCAUAAUGCGUGAUUACUUAACUGGGGAGUUAUUGCCAGGAUAAUGGUCUACUUCCUUGAGCUUGAGCAUAUUGCUUGUGUAUAUAGGUCUAUAUUUUCAUAUUUUGUAAAUUUACUUAGUGGGAGAAAUCAGCCGAGGGUGAGUUGAGUAGAAACCUAGACUUUUGUAAGUUCCAGGUGAUAUUAACAAAAACCUGAAGUUGUUGGUGAGCUUAUAAAUCUUUUGUACAAGUUGAUACCGAGCUUGGAAACCAACCAUUGUAAUUGUUUUGAUGGUGAAGAAAAUUCCUUGGGUUCAAGAGGACUUGACCUUGGUAAGUCCAAUCAAUAUUGUUGUAUUGUGUAACUUUCCGUCUUUUUAUUUAUUGAUUUUCUAGUUCUAUCUAUUUUACUUUUAGCUAUCUGAUU